UAAUCAUCACCUCCAGCACCUUACCCAAUUUAGCACAUGCAGGUGUGUCUCUGACUCUCCUCAAGGCCAGUACUUGUGAUUAAACGACGAUCUGGCCCACGACGUCUCAUGCAUAGAUACCCUUAGACUUCCAAUCCGCAAUGCUCAAUUUACUGCCCACUACUCUUCGCUUCCUGCUUGGCUCACUGCUUUGGCUCGACUUUUCUCAGCCACCUGCUGUUCUGCCAGCCCGCACCCCGUUGUCCUUCCAGCUGCGGCACGAACAUGCGAUAACUAAUGAUUCCCGGAUAAUCUUUUCCAACACCGCUCCAUCACUUGCCGCAGAUUCAUAUGUCGUGAGCACCUCGAACGUUCAAACACACAGACCACAGUCGGCGAACGCAUUCCAAAGCGCCCGACUGCGCUCUCUUAGACAUGACCAGAGCGAACACGUGUUGUGGGAUACAACCGACGUAUUCGGGCCAAACGUUGAAGAGAGAGAGACACUCCUCGCACUUGCGAAGAUGACCUCUAAUGCAUAUACAUCACCUACUGCAUCCGACUGGUACACAUCGGACGGCUGGAAUAAGUCCACUCCGUUUGGUUGGGAACCUGACGCAGAUGGCAGUCGAGGGCAUAUCUUUGUCUCGGACGACAACUCAACAGUUGCGAUUUCGAUCAAGGGCACUUCCGCUGGCUGGAUCACAGGUGGUGGUGGUCCGACUGUACGAAAGGAUAAACUGAACGAUAACCUUUUGUUUUCUUGCUGUUGUGCAAGAGUUGGUCCAACUUGGUCAACGGUCUGCGAUUGCUAUGAUGGCAGCUAUAGAUGUGACCAAGAAUGUUUGGAGAAGAGUUUGAUAGGGGAGAGCUUAUAUUAUUCUGUUGGACUGAAUCUAUAUAAUAACGUCACAUAUAUGUAUCCCAAUGCCGAUAUCUGGCUCAUAGGGCAUUCUCUCGGUGGUGCUCUCGCUUCACUUAUCGGUGUGACAUUUGGAGUACCUGUCGUUGCAUUUGAAGCCCCCUCCGAGAAAUUAGCUGCGACACGUUUGCACCUGCCUUCUCCACCCUCGACCCAGCAUAUCACCCACGUCUUCCACACAGCUGAUCCUAUCCCGAUGGGCACCUGUACCGGUGUCACCUCGUCUUGUGGCAUCGCAGGCUAUGCCAUGGAGACACGCUGCCAUUUGGGCAAGGUCAUACGCUAUGAUACCGUCACGCACCUCAACUGGUCUGUUGAUGUUCGGACGCACUCGAUUGUUCAAAUCAUUGAUAGGUUGUUGAAUGAGGAUUGGACUCAGGAAGGACCGGAGGGUAGGCCGGUGCCUGAGGCGAAGGCGGAUGAGGAUUGUAUUGAUUGCUUUAACUGGGAGUUUGGGAGCUUCAAGGGCUAGAAUUAAUCUCUGAGUGAUGUCAGCUAUGACACGAGAGAAACUUAUACAUACAUAUGACGAAUAACUAAUUUUCUUACGCUUGAACAGCUGAUGAACAUCCGUUGAACCGGGCACGGGAAAGGCCAAGCCAAACCUCUU